ACUGCUGUGCUUGGACCGUCUAGCCAGGAGCUGCAGCUCUUACAUACAAGCAAGCUAAAAAAAAACUGCAAACAAGAGCCCAGAUUUCCGCAUCUACAAUGAAGACCACGCUGGCAACUCUGACUCUGUGCCUGGUGCUCCUCAUGGCUGCAGGCUUCCCAUUCGAGGGGAAAGGGGGCUCGGCAUCCGGCGGCGCCUCCAAGGAGAAGCGUGUACAGUUUGCAGCCUGGGAUGAUGUCAAUGUCAUCGCCCACGGCCUCCUGCAGCUAGGCCAGGGGCUCAAGGAGCACGUGGACAAAACCAAAGUCCAGAUGAGGGACAUCUACACCAAGCUGAAGGUGUAUAACCGCACCAUCAGCGAGCUGGGCAAAGAGAGCCAGAGGCUGCAGGCGGACGGGGAGGCCCUGAAGGCUCGAGCCGGUGGAGUGGAGGACAGAGAGGGGCAGCUCCUCAAUGUCACGGCCGAGUUGCAGGAGAAGAUGGAGGAGAUGCAGCAGGAGAGGAGGGCUGUGAGCGAGAGGGUGAGCCGGCUGGAGGAGAAAGCGGACAACAUGAUUCCGGGAGAUGCUGCCAAGAACUCCAGUGACGCACACAACAUCCAGAUGAUGCUGGAGGCUCAAAACAGACGCAUCGAUGAUCUGAUGGGACGUAUCAGACUCCAACAGGAGAAGCUUGACAAGCAGAACGUGCGCAUUAGAACCCUGCAAAGUCAGAUCCAGCAGACGAGGCAGAGGUCGUUCCCACAGAACACUCCUUCGAGUGGCGUGUCCGAGCAACGCGACUCACCAGUCGAGAUGCCAUCAGACUGCCAUGAGCUCUUCCUGCGAGGCGACAUCACCAGCGGGGUGUACACCAUCCAGCCACACAACAGCGAGCCUUUUAACGUCUUCUGUGAGAUGACAGCUGAUGGCGGAUGGACGGUGAUCCAAAAACGGCAGGAUGGCUCUGUGGAUUUUGACCAGCUAUGGGACGCCUACAAGCAAGGCUUUGGCACUCUGAAUGGAGAGUUCUGGUUGGGACUGGAAAAGAUCCAUUCCAUAACCAAAGAUGGCGGCUACAUCCUAAAAAUCAAGCUAUCCGACUGGGGGAAUGAUUUGGCAUCCAUCCGCCUCCCCUUCCGACUGGGCGGAGAGGAGACCAAGUACUCCCUCCACAUUCAGGAGACCGACACCUUCAGUCCUUUGGAAAGCUCCUUGGGUUCCGACGCCACUUCUGGCCUGCCUUUCUCCACUCAAGACCAAGACAACGACCGAAAAAAAGACACCAACUGCGCCAAACAUCUGUCCGGUGAGCACCUCAUUCCGUGGAGGUUCUUCCUCCAGAGGAGCUCCACUCAAUCCACACCUAACCUGCUUCCCUCCUUUGCACCCAUAGGUGGCUGGUGGUUCAGUAACUGCGGUCAGUCCAAUCUUAACGGGAAAUUCUUCCAGAGCCCACCGCCCAAACAGAGGCAUCAGAGAAAACAGGGAAUCUUCUGGAAGACCUGGAGGGGCCGCUACUACCCUCUCAAGUUCAGCAUGAUGAUGAUCGCCCCCGCUGUGAUGGAGAGAAAGUCUUAAAGAGACACACACAGUAGACUUAGUCAAGACAAAGAGUGGGGGAAAGAUGUCGCUUUAUUCUUUUGGUGAAGAGGUCCUACCUCCGCCAAGGCCCUCAGAAUAGAAGCCGGACGAGCACUCUCCUUCCCUGCCACAGAGAGGAGCAAAGGCUUAAGACGUCACUUCCUCCUUCCUCAAAGAGCAAGCUCCGGCAUGUCUGCUACGGCGCCAAAAGCCUCCAAGAAUUUUCCAACAAGUGGAGACUCAUCAGGAAGCCUGAGAAGUCAGAGCAAAUCCAAAUGACUCCCUUUCUUUGCAAGCGUCAUGGUAUGAGACGCGCAAUGCGGGCAGAUUACGUGUUUUGUUUUUAGAAGGCCAGUGGUGUCAUUUGUGAGCAUGAUGAAAUUAAAUGGUUCUUUUGGAAAGUCACUGUACACUGUUUGAAGACGCUUACGCUGUUAAGAUGGAUGUCGGCUCCCUAUCAUCUUGUUAUUCAGCUCCGAACCGUAGUAAGGGCGACCUGGCUUCAGCAGAGAUGGAAAUAUUACCUGUUGCUUCCAAUUAGCUUUUUUAGUUCAACAUCCAUACCGUCUUUUCUCUCUCGCGCUCUUCCUGGUCAUGCAAGGUCCCGCUACAUAGCUGCCCAAGGCAAUGCCUGUAACAAUCUCACAUCUUUUCCAAAACAGCGAUUUCUGUCGUAUUCUUCGCUAUUUUUUAUGUGGAGCAACAUUUUAAGUCAUAUUGACUUUGUUCAAUUGUACGCAUAGUGAAACAAGGAAUGUCUUAUGAUCUGUGUCACGUUGUUGUUCACUUUUCUUAUUUAAAUACUGUAAAAAAAAAAAAACACACACACACAAAGUCAAAUAUUAUCAUAUAUUUCCGUGUUGUUUGUAAUUUAUAUUGUAUAUGUUGUGUUUGGUUGGAUGUAAAUGUGUUUUUUUAAGAGACAAAUGGCUACAAGAAGCCAAUAAAAUGGAUUAAAUUCA